GACAUUAUAGUAUUGAGUCAGGUUCUCGUGUCUUCUGGUCAUCAUACUGGCUGAUCUCCAAAGAGCUGAGAUCUGCUCGUAAAGAAAAGUUACACCCCUUCAAUGUUCCAAGAUGAGAAAUAUGUCAAAAAGCAUUAAAGAAAAUAACACCGGGCGUAGCAGCUCAACAUGCAAAGAAAAGUUACCAGAAUGUGACGAUGUUUUAUUGUUGCAAAGCAAGACAAAGGCAGGAAAAACUUACCUGAGGAGCAUUACCUUAGAGACCUAACAUACUGGCACCCCGCCCAGGAAUUUAAAGCCUUCUCUGACCUAGUCUGCCUUAUAAUUCACUGUAGUGGAAAAUUAAUCGCCUGACAUUACACGUGCACUGUGUCAGUAAGUAAAUAUUGCUUUGUAUUGUAUUUCCAUGUAAAGUUAGUUUACUCACAAUUACGCACCAGAUGGUCCCUAAAAUUCCCUUCAAGUUAAUGUUAUGUUGUUGGAAGGGAAGUCACAAUGCUGCCACACAGUCUGUUGCUCAUUUGGCUCAGUCACUGAGAGAAAACAAGUCGCUGCUGCAGCUUAAUUUUAUGGGUGAGCAUAAAGGAGGAACAUUUGGGUAGAGUGCUAGUUGGUUUAAUUUAACGAAACAGUACAUUUUCCGAGCAGAGAAAGUUUAUUUUUCCAUAAAUUGACACCCUGACUGGUCCAGAUGGUCUGGCUGCUGACUCCAGUAGAGCAGUCUGUCGGAGCAGUGGCACGAUCUGUGUGCCCUUGUUGCUUGGCCGUGGUUUUUCCUCUUCUUAAAUUCAUAAUUUGAAUCAUUUCAUAAUCCACAUGUUUGCUUUCACAAAUCUCACCCAUGUUUCCUUGUGUGGAAGAACUUUGGGGGAAGGAAAAGUGCUCUAUUCCUCACUUACUGUGUUGUCAUAUCUCAAGAAUAUACUCUGACAGUUACACAUGGCAUCACCUUCCACAUAAUUUAAUGCUCUUUCUGUUAUACCAGGCCAAUCUCUAAAAGCUCAUGUUCUGUCAAAAAAGUGUUAUUAUCAUAGCUUAAAAUAUUUGCUUUGAAAAAAAUGGAAAAGCAGUUUGUUCUUUAUUUAUGUUUUCUAUAUUUUCUGAGUGUGAAAUAUGAUAAUUGCUCUAAAUCAAAGUAACUAUGCAGCUACCAAAAUUCCCUCUUAGUAAAAUGAUAUGAAUCAGAAAUUAAAGUGAAUGUUUUUUUUUGUUUUGUUUUGUUUUUGUUAUCCAGGUUGUUAUGUUUAAACUUAAAGAACAGAGCCUUUUCCAUCCUUGUUGUGUUCUCUAUAAUGACAUGUGUGCUCUCUCCAGCGGUAGGAUCCAUUAUAAGGAGAUGUACAAAGUUGUACGCACUAUCUCACCUCCUCUGGGCUUUGGAAAGAACUGCCCCCACAGGGUGGCUUGCAAGGUUUGGUUCCCCCAUGUCAGCAAGCGUCCCUUUGGCCUCUUUUACGUGGAAUCCUUCCUCACUUCCUCCUUUUCCUUUUUUCACAUCCCUUCACUGAUUAUCACCCCCCCUGCUCAAUCUUCAGGGAUGUGUUACUCAGGAUAAAGAAUGACAGUGCUUCAGUGUCAGGGUACUAAGGCACAAAAUGUCCCUCAUUUGCUUGGAAUCACAGUGGGAACAAUCUUAGUUUGACUAGACGCCCAAAGUUGGCUUUUGAUCCAAGCUGAGGGAGUUUUGUCUCUCUCUACCUUUUGGAUCUGGGGUUUAUGUGUCGGCCAAAUGCCACAUAUGCUACAGAAGGUAAGUAUGUCAUUUUUUUUGGGACCAGAUCCAGAGAGGCUGUCAUUUCUUUGCUGAUCCUGUUGAAGGACUCCUCCUUUCCUAUGUUUCUAUGCUGUGUGAUUGGCAUAGAAAAAAUGCACUCCGGUUUAUUUAUCCUACUUUGCUCUCUCUGUGUUUUGUGAUGCCUUAAAAUAAUUUUUCUCUUUUAUAUCCUCCAUUCCUCUUCCUCUCUUGCCACCCUUCACCCUCUCCUGUGCUACUUUCCUCCACCAUCCUUUGGGAAUGCACUCCUCUGAUUGCUCCACCCUUUUAUUAAAUUUCCCCUCCAACACCAUCCCUGUCCCUUCUCCCUCCUCUUCCUCUCCCACCCUCUGUUUUUUUUAACCCUUUCUUCCUCACCUACAUCCUCAUGGCUACCUGGCGCCCCCAGUGGUCGUAUCCAUUACACUGACAUGUAUGAGAUGUUGACCAACAUGUCGCCACCUCUAGGCCUGGGCAAGAAAUGCCCCUCCAAGGUGGCUUAUAAGAGACUUGUCCUGAUGAACAUGCCUGUGGACGAUGACAUGACGGUCCACUUCACAUCCACUCUCAUGGCUCUUAUUCGCACUGCGCUCGAGGUCAAAAUAGCAAGAGGAGGAGAAGAUCGAAAUCAAAUGGAUUUGGAUCUGCAGAAGGAAAUUGGAGUUAUCUGGCCUCACCUCUCCCAGAAGUCGCUGGACCUGCUGGUUCCAAUUCACAAAGCCAGUGACAUGACUAUAGGAAAGAUAUAUGCUGCCAUGAUGAUCAUGGAUUAUUACAAGCAGAGCAAAGCCAAGAAGCUGCGCCAGCAACUGGAGGAACAAAAACACGCCCCCAUGUUUCAGCGUAUGGAUGCUUCCUCUCUUCCUCAAGAAAUCCUAUGCAAUGCCAAGUCCCUGUCAUUUCUCCGACACAGUGCCGGAUCUGCUCUCACCAGAGGAGGGUUUGUGGCACUCAGCCCCAUUUCUCCACAAGAGAUGUUCCUGCAGCCGCGGCCUCGCUCCAGAGAAGAGAAGAUGGAGGAAGAGGAUGAAGACUAUCAUUCACCAUACCGCCUGUACCCCCAUCCACAUCACCACCACCACCACCAUCAUCAUCAUUUGCAUACACUGGUGCCGGAGGUAGUGGAGUACAGCCAUCUGAUGCAGCAGGCCAGGCAGGACCAAACAGUUAUUAAAUCACCGCAGCGCACUGCAUCUAUCAGAGCAUCCUCCAUGCCCAGGCUGGCUGUUGAUCCACAGGCUGCGGUGUCAGAAGACGGGAGGCUGAUGAAGCGCUCCUUCUCCACCAUCGGAGAUCAGUGUGUGAACGGCCUGUGGCAGGAGCAACACUCUCUGGAGAAAAUCAGCCCUGAUGGCACAUUCAGAGCUCGUCAAAGGAGCUACAGAGGUCCCAAAAUCAGCCCCAGAGAAACAAGCAGUCACGAGAGAGGGAGAUCAAAAGAGCGGCGCCACCUGCUGUCUCCUGAUGUGUCCCGCUGUAACUCUGAGGAGCGAAGCAGGGAGCCGUCCUGCGAGAGGAGGCAGUCCCGCUCACCGAGUGAAGGACGCGUGCACAGCGUCCAGAAACAGGAAAUAGCGACAGGAAGCCCAGCAAACUCGGCCUCAGAGUCCAGUACCCCUCGUAACCGCCGCCAGCUGCCUCAGACGCCUUCUCGUCCGCGGCCUUAUAUCUCAUACUCUCCUCUCGUCUGCAAACCAUCAACCUCUCCCACUGCUGCUCCCCUCUCCUCUGAAGGGCAGUACCAGCCUCAGGACGCCGCCGGUGGCUCCACAGAGACCUCAUGGCGGGCUGAGAAGGAGAGCAGACCCCUGUCGGCGGGUCACUGUUCAUCUGGAGGUCAGAUUUCAGGACCAAGCCACCCAUCGCCUCACCGCUACAUAUCAGAGCCCUAUCUCCCGUUCCAUGAGGACUUCAGCGGUGAUGAUUCAGGUGACAGGCAGGAAACACUGACCUUCGAGUCUGCCAUGGCCACCAGUCUGGGACGGGCCAACGCCAUAAGCUCCGCCCCUCAGCUCAGACACUCCUGGCAGGUUCCCAAUGGUCAUGUCCGGAAGCACUUGGUCCAGGGGAGCCCGACUGACAACAGCGAGCUGCUAAGUGACACAGAUGAGGAUGACCGCUGCUAAAACUCAAGAGACAAAGAUGUAAACGAUGCACAGUGCUUUGGGGCACGCCGGGGCGGCUGCACAGUACCGGAGGGAGCGGGUUUAUCUCCUCUGUGGCUCAGAGAACCUCACAUUCUCAGCACCGUAGCAUUACAGCCAGGACUGAGCAACACCGCUGUUCAUCUGGACGCCUGUGUCCGUCUUCACAUGUCCGUGCGUGUCUGUAGUAGCCGAAGGGAAUCUAGACGUGUGGACCUGAAUGUCUGUUUCCAUGUGUGUGCUCUUAAUAAAGAAUGUGACAAAAAAAAAAGGCGAAAAGCAGAGGGAGACCCAAACAUACGUAGCCCAAUGCGCCCAAAUCCAUGUGUUGCAGCUCCUUCCCAAACAAGCGUUUUGUUAAAGAACAAAAAUACGGUGAGAAGUCUAUCCAACAUGUCCAAAUGUCUCCAAAAAAAUCUGAUUAAGUGCAUUUUGUGGAAGUGAAAAAUAGAGGUAGCAUAUACACAUGUAAUAAGAUGAAUGUAUUUUAGUUUUAUGUUCAGGUUUAUUUGGUGGGUUGCUGUUGAGUCUUUACAGUGCAUAGUUGUGGGAGGAGAAAUUUCAGUGGUCGAGCAGCCAGUCCUGUUUUUCCCUGUUUACAGUAAGAGUUUCUACAUGACUUGUGGGCAUUACGCAGCUCUAUCUUUCUGUUAAAAUGUGAAAACAAUGUAUAAGCUUGUAAAACUGAUGAGAGAUGUUUUGUCUCAGGAUCUGGGCACAAUCCAGCGUGUACUAUAUGGACCCGGCGUGAAGUCAAGGAAAAGCUGACAACUGAAAUGUUUAAGUUUCAACAAGACGGAGUCAUCGAGACGGCUGAAAAUUUCAUUUCAUCUGCUUUGCUCGCCGUCUACAACGACCGGCGAAGCCGCCAUGUCCCAGUGAUGCUGCCACGUGAAGCAAGCCAAAUGUUUGUCCAACCUCCGCGCCUCUGUGCUGGACCGCCACUCUUGAUGGCGUGGCAGAGAGCUAAUUUAAGCCAUUUGUUUUGUACACAGAGCUGGAGAUGUGUUGCCUUCUUUCCUUUGAUGAUGAAAUUUGUGACAAAUUGUUGUCAUACUGCCAUACACGGACGCUUGAGCAGAGUUCACAGCCGCGGUGUUGUUUAUUUCUAGCCCACUUAUUGUUCCCAUCAUGUUUCGUCUGUAGAAACAUUGUUAUUGUAUUUUCUGUGCUUGAGAGCUUUAGUAUUUUCCACAUGCAUGAUCAUGUCUUGAAGCUGCCUGAUUAUUUUUGGUGUUCAAGAGGUUUUUACAGAAAACAAUAUUAGAAAACAAAUAUGUAAAGAAGUACACUAUAUUGCCUAAGGUAUUUAGUCACUUGUCACCUAAAAAUAUGAACUUGAGAGGCAUCUCGCUUAUGUCACAGCGAUUGUUAUGAUAUUGACCCUUUCUCUGUAGCUGGAAAAGCUCGAACUUUUCUGGGAAAGCCUUCCUCAAAGUUUAGGGGUGUGUUUACAGUAUUUUUUAAAUCAUUCUUUCAAAAGAGCAUCAGUGAGAUCAGACACUGAUGUUGGAGGAGAAGGCCUGGCUCAUGCUCUUUGCAACUUCACUUUAUUUGUGAAGUUGGAUGUUGGUGGAAGUAACCAAUUUUUCCACACCACACUCAUUCACCGAUGUCACAAUUUGUUUUUGGUUUGCUCUGGUUUUGUGGGUUUAUUGUGAUUCUUUAGCUUUCAGAUUCUUCAUGCUUUCUGUUCUGCAUAUUUCGCUUGUUUUUAUGUUGGUUUCCCUGAUUCUCUGUAUUUUGAAUUUCUGUCUAUUCCUUGGUUUGCCUUCUAUUGGCGUUCAAUGUCUAUUUAUCCAGCACCAUCCCUCAGUGCCUCGGCUCUCUGCUGUCCAUAGCUCGUCUGCUCAUUGACUCAUCUGUCUUGUUUUCCAGUAAUCAAACACCCCACCAUAAAUAGUUCUUGUUUUUUCUCAUUCUGAGUCAGGUCCUCUGUAACUGACACCAGGCUGGUUUGUUUCUUGUUUGUAAAUUUCCUAAGAAAAAAGAAAGAAACUAUUUAUUUUUCACCUGCCUGCCUCUUACUUUCUCAUCUGCUUUACCAUUAUGUCACAGUUUAAGUAGCUCCAUACCUUGCUUUGUGAAUCCCAACAAUCAUCUUGCCAUUUCCAAACCAUUCCUAUGAAGUUGGCCAUCUGAAACUCUCGUUUGGGUGGAGUAUUAAAGAUUAAUUUAAAUGGUAUUAGGAGGUUGACCCAAACUCCUGAAAAAAACACAAUACACACAGAUUUUGUGCCUGAGUUGCAGUUGUUUGGAGUCACGCCACCCUUGUGAAUUUCCCAGUUGUUUGCAGAAGCAGUCUCAAUGCCUUGAUGCUGGGUUUAACACUCCUACGAGCAAAGAGUCGACUGAAACAUCAGAGCUCACCGACUGGGCUGGGUGACCCAAUACUUUCAGCAAUAAAGUGUAUUUGUUUCUCAUUCUCAGCAAUCACUCUCCACAUACUUUGAGCAUCACAAAACUUCAAAAGGUUCGUCGUUCCCUCUGAUUAAGGUGAAUAUUUAUAUCAUGUGCUGUUGUGUUGUUAAAAUAUAACGAGUUUGAAAUGUGAACCCAGGACAUAUUGAGACCCAGGAGCUCUCUGGAAAAAAAAAAAACAACAACCAACAAAACAGUUUUAGCAGAAAAGUCACUGAAGUGUGUUUUACAGUAAACCGGUUGGGUUACGAUCUCCCUGUAGUAUAUACAUCGCGUAGAAAUGUCCUACACAUGUACAGCUCAACUUAGGACUUAACUUGAACGUCGGUCUGUACAGACAGCCUAAUCUGUGCCUGGGAAAGCUCCCUGUCAAGGCUGGAUUAUUUAGAUAGACAAGCCCUCUGGUAAAUAUGUACAAAAUCCAUCUGUCAUUUAUAGUACCUUUUGAUUUCUACUGUAAUUAUCAUGCUUGUUUAUGACUGUUUACAGACACAUUUAAAAGAUGCCCUGUC